AUGGCCACGUCGCUUCUACUCACAAUAGGCAGGAUAGGCUAUCACCACUACUUUGACAAGACGACUGUGCUGCAGGAGGCACGCGUCUUCAACGAGUCGCCCAUCAAUGCCCGUAAAUGCCGUGCACUCCUCACAAAGAUCCUCUACCUUAUCUCCCUGGGAGAGACCUUUGGCACCACCGAGGCCACCGAGCUCUUCUUCAGCGUCACAAAGCUCUUCCAGUCCAAGGACUCAGCUUUGCGUCAGAUGGUCUACCUGGUUAUCAAGGAGCUUUCGACUGUUGCCGAGGAUGUCAUCAUGGUCACCAGCAGUUUGAUGAAGGACAUGCAGCCCACCUCCGAGGUCAUGUACCGCGCCAAUGCCAUCAGGGUUCUUCGCAAGAUCACCGAUGCAUCAAUGUUGCAGGGAUUGGAGCGAUUCUUGAAGGCGGCUAUUGUGGACAAGAACGCCAAGGUUUCAUCGGCUGCAUUGGUUUCGUCCUACCACUUGUACGGCAUUGCUCGUGAGGUCGUGAAGCGUUGGGCGAAUGAGGCACAGGAGGCCAUUAACGCCAAGCCCCAGUCGGCUGUCUCGGCCGCCACCUCAUAUGUCACCUCGUUCGGUGGCAGCGCGCCCCAGACCUACACCGCCGUCUCCAACUCCAACAUUGUUCAGUACCACGCCCUCGGUCUCUUGUACGCCAUUCGCCAAAAAGAUCGCAUGGCCGUCUCCAAGUUAGUCCAGAACUAUGCUGCAAAGAGUGGCAUGAGCGGCUCUGUCCUCCGUUCGCCCUUUGCUCAGUGUCUCUUGGUCCGCUACGCCUGCAAGGUCAUGGAAGAGGAUCCUAGCUCGACCCGCGCAGUGUACGAGUUGCUGGAGGGAUGGUUGCGCCACAAGAGCGAGAUGGUCAACUUGGAGGCUGCUAAGGCUAUUUGCGAAAUCAAGGAUGCUACAGCCAAGGAAUUGUUCCCCGCCGUCACCACCCUUCAAAACUUCCUCUCCUCCGGUAAACCCAGCAUCAAGUUCGCCGCCAUUCGCGCCUUGAACAAGCUGGCCAUGACUCAGCCCGCUGCCGUCGCCCCCUGCAACAUUGACAUGGAGAACAUGAUUACCGACCAGAACAGGAGCAUUUCGACGUUUGCCAUCACCACCCUCUUGAAGACCGGUAACGAGGCCUCAGUCGAGCGUUUGAUGAAGCAGAUCAGUGGAUUCAUGUCAGAGAUCACGGACGAGUCCAAGGUCUUGGUCGUCGAGGCUGUUGGCUCGCUCUGCAUCAAGUUCCCCGCCAAGCACCACGUCAUGUUGAGCUUCUUGAGCGGUGCUCUCCGUGAUGAUGGCGGCUAUGACUUUAAGCGCGCCGUUGUCGAGGCUAUCUUCAACUUUGUCAAAUACAUUCCCGAGUCCAAGGAGGCUGCUCUCUCACACUUGUGCGAAAUCAUUGAGGACUGCGAGUACUCCAAGCUGUCGGUCAAGAUCUUGCACUUGCUCGGAGUCGAGGGUCCCAAGUGCCCCCAACCCACCAAAUAUAUCCGCUACAUCUACAACCGCGUCAUCCUUGAGAACGCCGUUGUCCGUGGAGCCGCCGUCAGCGCCUUGGCCAAGUUUGGUGUCAAUGUUGAGGAUGAGGCUGUCAAGCAGAGCGUCAAGGUUCUUUUGAGCCGCUGCUUGGAUGAUGCUGACGACGAAGUCCGUGACAGAGCCACCAUGUACCUUAACGUCAUCAAUACUGGCGACGAGAAGGGCUAUGUCAAGGAUGAUUCGACGUAUGCUCUUGCUUACCUUGAGCGCCAGCUUCUUACGUAUGUCUCCAACCCCGAGAUGGCCGAGACUCCCUUCGAUUUGUCGGCUAUUCCCAAGAUUUCCCGUCAGGACGAGCAGGAGCGUGGCACACAGGAAUUAGGCGGCGCUCUCCCCAGCCUCGGAGGACGUUCGAACACGCCCCCUCAUUCUGGAAGCGCCUCGAACGGCGCUGGCUCGCGCCCCGCUAUCUCGAGCGCACCCUCUCUGGAUCAGCAGGCAUUAUAUGCCCAAAAGUUGGCCGAGGUGCCCGAGUUUGCCUCGUUUGGACCUUUGUUCAAGUCGACUGCCAAGCCCGUCGAGUUGACCGAGUCCGAGACCGAAUACGCUGUCUCUUGCGUCAAGCAUGUCUUCUCUCACCAUGUCGUCUUCCAGUUUAACAUCAAGAACACUUUGAACGACAGUGUGUUGGAGGAUGUGAACGUGUUGAUGACCCCCGAUAACGAUGAUGUUUCGUUGGUGGAGAAGGUAUUGAUCCCUGCACCCCAGCUCGUUUACGAUGUUCCCGGUGUCGCCUAUGUCGCCUACGAGAGAACCGUUCUCGACGACUACCCCGAAUGCACGUUCACGAACGAGCUCAAGUUUAUUGUCAAGGAUUGCGAUCCUCAGACAGGAGAGCCCGAUGAGGAAGGAUUUGAGGAUGAUUACCAGGUCGAGGAAGUUUCGCUGGCGAUUGCCGACUUUGUCCUACCGUCAUACAUUCCUAGCUUUAACAAGGCCUGGGAGGAGUUGGGCGACGAGAAUGAGGUUGUUGAGACUUUGGCAUUGACAUCUUCACCAGGGCUCCAGGAGGCGUGCCGGGACUUGAUUGCGUUGUUGGGCAUGCAGGCAUUGGAGAACACGGGCAAUGUGCAGGGCUCGAAUGUGCACACGAUGAUCUUGUCGGGUAUCUUUAUUGGCGGUGUCCGUGUGUUGGCGCGCUGCCGCAUGACCUAUGACUCUUCAACGGGUGUGACCUUGCAGCUUGGCAUCCGCUCUGCCAAUGCUGAGGUCAGCCAGGUGAUGAUUGGCGCCAUUGCUUAA